AUGUGGCCAAAUAGUUCAGGAUUUGUUCUGGCCGCACAGAAUGCUGGUGCGUUUUUGAUGUUGAUCACCGGUACAGUGGCUGAUCGUCUCAACGGUAAAUGGACAAUGAUCGUAGCGUUGCUAACAACAAUCCUCAGUAAUAUGCUUGUUCCGUUCUUGGCCGAGUAUUCGAUUAUAUUGGUGAUCGGUGCAAGGAUCUUAAGUGGUGUGUCUGAUGCGUUGAUGACACCAACGAUCAAUUCCAUGAUCACCAGAUGGUUUCCGCCGAAAGAACGACCGUUCGCAAUUGGUUUCAUUACGGGUGGUCGUCAAAUUGGUAAUUUGAUAAUUCUACCAGUGUCUGGAUUGUUCUGCUCACGAACAGGUGCAUUUGGUGGAUGGAAACCAACAUAUUACGUGUCGGCUGCAGCCGGUGGCUUCAUUCUGAUCGUUUGGUUGAUAUUAGCGGCUGAUAAACCGUCGAAACAUUUUUGUAUCAGCUCACUAGAAAAUACUUAUAUUUUGAGAAAAACCAGCAAUGAAUCGCUUGGAAAGCGUAAGCAGCGAAGUGCAGUUCCUUGGAGAGCUUUAUUGACAUCUCGACCGUUCAUUAUCGGUGUACUCGCUCUUGUAUGUCACGAAUAUCCACUUGUCAUUAUGCUAUCCUUACUGCCAACAUACUUGAACGAUGUAUUGGGUGUUGCAAAAGCGGCCAAUGGUUUUCUAUCGGCACUUCCGUUGCUGUGUUUGUGGUUAACGAAAACGCUCUCCUCGUCGCUGUCAUCGUAUUUGAGUGCUCGUAAGCACGGUUUCUGCCUCCUCGGUCGAACUCCACUCGUCAAAAUCUUCAACGCAAUCGCCUCAGCCGGUCUUGCCGUAUCACUGGCUAUCGUACCUCUUUUGAAGAAUCAUGAUCAAAUUCCUCUCGCUAUUGUUGCGCUAUGCUCUGCGAAUGCUUUUGCAGGUCUGCAUACGCCUGGUGUUCAAACAGCAUUGCUUCAAAUCGCUCCAGCAUAUACGGGUGUCAUCACGGGUAUCGCAUUCUCAGUUGUUUCUAUCACUAGGUAA